AUGUUGAUCAAGGUCCGGACGUUGACAGGUAAGGAGAUUGAGCUGGAUAUCGAGACAGAGUACAAGAUCAAGGAAAAGGUCGAAGAGAAGGAGGGUAUCCCGCCUGUUCAGCAGCGUCUCAUUCACGGCGGAAAGCAAAUGACCGACGACAAGACCGCCGCGGAAUACAACCUCGUUGCUGGCGACACGCUGCACCUCGUCCUCGCGCUGAGAGGCGGGUGCUAG